GAGAUAGGAGGGGGCGUCGCGCGCUCCGUCAGUUGCAAUCUCGGCAGUUGGUACAGCGUCGCCCAUUGGCCGGUCUGCGCGCUGGCGGCGGCUCACUGGCUCUAGGCCGAGCCUCUCUAGCCUGGCGCCUUCUUUUGCCCGGUGGUCCGUGCUGGGGCAUCCGUGAUGGGUUCCCGGGCGUCCACGUUGCUUCGGGACGAGGAGAUUGAGGAGAUCAAGAAGGAGACGGGCUUUUCUCACAGUCAGAUUACUCGUCUGUACAGCCGGUUUACCAGCCUGGACAAAGGAGAGAAUGGCACUCUUAGCCGUGAGGAUUUCCAGCGCAUUCCAGAGCUUGCCAUCAACCCACUAGGGGACCGGAUUAUCAAUGCCUUUUUUCCAGAAGGAGAAGACCAGGUAAACUUCCGUGGCUUCAUGAGAACUUUGGCCCACUUCCGUCCCAUUGAGGAUAAUGAGAAAAGCAAAGACCAGAAUGGGCCAGAACCACUGAACAGCCGGAGCAACAAGUUGCACUUUGCUUUUCAGCUAUAUGAUCUGGAUAAAGAUGAUAAGAUUUCCCGGGAAGAGCUCCUUCAGGUGUUGCGUAUGAUGGUUGGUGUAAACAUCUCUGAUGAGCAGCUGGGCAGCAUUGCUGACAGAACUAUCCAGGAGGCUGAUCAAGAUGGUGAUAGUGCUAUCUCUUUUACAGAGUUUGUUAAGGUUUUGGAGAAAGUGGAUGUAGAGCAAAAAAUGAGCAUUCGAUUUCUUCACUGAUGGAUCAAGGUCCCUUCUUUGUUACCGUGAAAUUUAAGCAAUAGAGUUUAUUUUACCCUCCCUUGUCUUGAGCUUUGCUACUGGUACAUGUGAGGUAUAUCUCCAAAUCCAUCUCGGUUUGUUCCAUCAACGUGAACAUUCCUUCUGCAUCAGAACAAAAGAACGUGGCUGUAGUGCAGCCUGGAAUGAAGCAGUUGAAGCAGCCUCUUCCUCACUCAACACUUUGCAUUGCUUUCUGAUCAGAAAUGUGUUUUUCCCAUGUAUUGUAGCCUCUGAUCAUCUGAUGAACUCUGAAUUGAAAAUACAAAAGGGCAAAUUCCACUGAAGAGCUGUUUGAAGGAAUGUACGAUAUAAAUCUGUUAAACUCAGUAGUAGUAUAUUCUGUUUUGCUAGUCAUGCCUUUUAAACUUCACAAUGAUAAUGCAAGACCAGUGGUUUUGUUUUCAGGUGAAAGGCUUGGAGGAGUAGUCCAAGUCUAUAAUCUACAAUGCUGUGAACACAAUAACUGGGCACUUGCAUUAUAUGGUUUAAUUGUCUAGGGGUUUUUUUCCCUUUACUAAUAGAAGUUAACUAUCUUCUCACUAAUGCUCCACUCUUUUUUGAUUAUCUAGUUUUUCAAUGUUUGCACUAUAUUUUGUUUAUUGCACAGCUGUGAUUAAAGUCCUAUUUUCGUAUUAAUCAUGCCACACUAGCUCAUUUAGAUUUUUGAGCUCUGGCAGGUAUUCUCACAGUCCAGACUGGAGGAUUAGAAAGGGGUUACAUGCCCUGUUCAUUGGAUAGUAACACUAAUAUUUUUAGGAAAAUGUCAAGCACAUGACUAAAGAAAAGUUAUAUUAUACUUCAAUCACACACCAACUAUUAAACAUUGCUACAGUAAAUGUUGAUGCAACUUCAGAGCAGUAAAAGCUUGAAAAGCAAUUAACGUUUUGUCGUUUCCAGGCUAGAUUGCCUUUGCAGUUCAGCAGGCAAUUACAUUGUGCUAAUUAUCAAAACAAACUAACUUUUCAGUGACUGAACUUGAAUUGGCAGUGUUGACUUACAAAAUACUUCUACUAAAUCAGUGUUCACAUGCUCUUGUCCUCCCCACUACUUUCAUGUGUCAGCAUUUCGGUAAGUAUUGAGUGUGUUUUAAUCUAAUAUUACUUCUGACCUGUAUAAUUCAGUGAUCUUUCACUUGGAAAACUUGCAGAAGAAAAUCCAGACCAAAAUGUAAAAUUGGAAAGGCCCAGGAGCAAAAUUAAAGAUUGAUUUCUAUAAAAUAAACACUUUAGUAUGUGUAUCAUGGUGUAACAUACAAAUUUUAUAAAAAGAAGGAAUGUAACCGUAACAUUAUGUUAGAUGUUAUAGGUUGAUGUGGUUUAUUUUCAGAGAAACACAUUUCCUUUUUGUUCUGUAGUUGUAAUCCACAGGUGUGCCUUGCCAGUUCUAUUGUAUUCAUCAACAAUCCAUGAAUAAAAUCCUUCAAAGUAA